UGAGUGUUUGGCAUACAGUCUAUGAAAUUGUGUCAAACAAUCAAACAAUGAGUCAAUUAAUUGAAUUAAACAAAAGUCAAUUGAUUUGCAAAAUACAGUCCAUUCAUAGAGACAAACACAGACUCAAGACAUUGCUCUCCAGACAUCAACUGCUGAACCACUUCUAUGACAAACUCUACCACAACUGCAUCCAAAUGAAUGGCAAUCGCCGAAGAAGUCCUCGAAAGCAGACGAACAGCAAAUUGAGAUCAACUCAGACACAGCUGUUGUCCCAAAUCCGGAUGAUCUCUGAAUGCGACAAAUCAGCCAAAGUAUGUCUCCCCAGACACCCAUCACUCGACACCCCUGUCCACCGUCUCUUCAAAGAAAAGUCAACUCAAUAUCAAGUGACGGACUGUUUGUCUCAACACAUCCCCAAAGAACACAUCAAAGAACUCGUUGAGUGUAACGGUAUUACAGAUAAUGGUUGUCACCAUAAACCAGACGAUAAGAGUGCCAAAUGUAUUGACAUCGACAUCAAUGAGGCAUCAGAUGGUGAAUCCACUCCAAGACUAGAUGUGACAGUAGAGUGUAGUAACCAACUAAUGAACACUAAGAGUGUCGGUGCGAGUGAUGCCAUUAUUCAUGAGACCAAUGGUGUGGACAACAAAAUGUCACCAAAAGAUCUCAAAUGCAAAGCUAUUAAGAGUUUUGUUUGCAGUUAUUGUGACAAAGGGUACAAAAUAAAGAAAAAUCUCAACAAACAUAUCACUCGUACGCAUAAGUAUAUCACCAGUGAAUCCAUCAAAACGGAUGAUAUGACACCCAAUGUCCCAGAAUUGCCAGAAGUGACUGAAACGAAGCCACAAAUUGCGGCCAAAAUGGAGACAACAAUUGCCUGUCAAGACAAACAUCGACUCAAGACAUUGCUCUCCAGACAUCAACUGCUGAACCACUUCUACGACAAACUCUACCACAACUGCAUCCAAAUCAAUGGCAAUCGCCGAAGAAGUCAUCGGAAGCAGACGAACAGCAAAUUGAGAUCAACUCAGACACAACUGUUGUCCCAAAUCCGGAUGAUCUCUGAAUGCGACAAAUCAGCCAAAGUAUGUCUCCCCAGACACCCAUCACUCGACACCCCUGUCCACCGUCUCUUCAAAGAAAAGUCAACUCAAUAUGAAGUGACGGACUGUUUGUCUCAACACAUCCCCAAAGAACACCACAAAGAACUCGUUGAGUGUAACGGUAUUACAGGUAAUGGUUGUCACUAUAAACCAGACGAUAAGAGUGCCAAAUGUAUUGACAUCGACAUCAGUGAGGCAUCAGAUGGUGAAUCCACUCCAAGACUAGAUAUGACAGUAGAGUGUAGUAACCAACUAAUGGACACUAAGAGUGUCGGUGCGAGUGAUGCCAUUAUUGAUGAGACCAAUGGUGUGGACAAGAAAAUGUCACCAAAAGAUCUCAAAUGCAAAGCUAUUAAGAGUUUUGUUUGCAGUUAUUGUGACAAAGGGUACAAAAUAAAGAAAAAUCUCGACAAACAUAUCACUCGUACGCAUAAGUAUAUCACCAGUGAAUCCAUCAAAACGGAUGAUAUGACACCCAAUGUCCCAGAAUUGCCAGAAGUGACUGAAACGAAGCCACAAAUAAAGGCCAAAAUGGAGACAACAAUUGCCUGUCAAUGGCCUGACUGUGGCCUCACAUUCACCAACAGAACUCAAUUCUUAAGACAUCAGGCGAUCCACAGCGAGAGCAGAAAAGCGUGCACUGAAUGUGGUCUCAGGUUUGAUGACUCGGAGCUCUUGAGGCAACAUAUGAUGUAUCACUCAAACCAAUCACUCAAUCAGUUUGAAAUGAAAGCAUUUAAAAGCCAAAUGCCAUUGAAUGGCAAUCACAUGAACCACUCAAACGGAAUGGACUACACGUAUGGCUGGGAUUCGAGUCGAUCUGUACCUCAAACUCAUCCAAUGAAUGAUCACUCGGAGCACAACACAGCCAACAAUAGAGCAGUGCUUUUAUUCUGUGAUUUUCCUAAUUGUCACUAUAAGACAUCCAAUUGUCAUCAUCUGGAAGUCCACCAAAAGAGAGCCCACGACACCGUUUAUAUGUCGUUAUGA